UCUAACGGCACGCUCUCUCUUUCUCUCUCUCUAUUUAUCUCGGGACUCGUCAAAUUCCGCCUUCUCUCCGUUUCGUGCACUGACAGGCUUUUUCUUCUUGCUCAGACUUAUCCGGGUCGAAACCCUAACCCUCGGAUCAGCUAGGACAGGUCCUUGGUUAUUCCAUUCGCAAUCAAUCUGCAGGUCUGAGUAUUCGGUGUUCAGUGCAACUUCUGUUCAAACUUACAAGCCUAGUUUCAUGUCUGAGAUUGACAUCCAGAUUCCUAAUGCUUAUGAUCCUUUUGCCGAGGCAAAUGCUGAGAAUUCUGGUGCUGGCACAAAAGAGUAUGUGCACAUUCGCAUACAGCAGCGGAAUGGUAGGAAAAGCCUGACAACUGUUCAGGGGUUGAAGAAAGAAUUCAGCUACAAUAAGAUACUGAAGGACCUCAAGAAGGAGUUCUGCUGCAAUGGCACUGUUGUACAGGACCCGGAACUAGGCCAGGUUAUCCAGCUUCAAGGCGAUCAGCGGAAGAAUGUGUCUACCUUCCUUGUUCAGGCUGGAAUCGUGAAGAAGGAUAACAUAAAAAUUCAUGGUUUUUAAGCUGCUGCUGCACAGGUUCCGAUUUGCCUCCAAAUGUCAGUUCGGGAGACCUAGAGUUAAAAAGACUGUAAACCUUGCAUCUAUAAUACCUUUUACCUUCUUUUUUUUUUUUUUUAUUAAGGUUGGCCUGUUAUCUCAAGUUCUUGGUUGUGUUAUCGUCAGUGAGUUGAGAGUAUUAUGUGCUAUGAUGACCGAGAGAAGUUCAAUAAUUUUCAGUAGGGUGCAAGAUUAUCGUUACUAAUGGAAAAACAUAAAUGAUGAUUAACAGCCUGUUUACAUGA